CGUCCAUGUUGUUGAAAUCAUGUCUCCAAAUCAUGGAGCUCCAGCAGCGGAGAGCUCUUCAGGAUGGGCUUUCAAUCUCAGAACAUCGAAACUCAGACAUGCUGACUGUAACCUGGUGGACUCUGGUUCUGAUUCUGAUCUAUCCUCUGAUUCUGACAUGGACGAGAGCCGUAUGCUUGACGAUUUGGACAUUUCUACGAGAGAGGAAACCGUCGUGUACAAGCCGAAUCCAUUCAGUAUUGCAAAAAUCAACGCGGCUGUUCGCAGCACCAAUCGACCGCCUUCGACGAACAAGCCUUCUCGACCUAUCAAACCUUCGAGAGCUGGGAAGAAGACAUCGAUAGUUGACGAGCUGAGAAGGCGGUCCAAGAACACCAGGUCUAUGUUUCAAAAAUCUUCUCUUCAAGCCAAUUCUACCCCUUCUGCUGUUCCUCCUUCAUCCAAAGACUCCCAGCAUCAGCCUGCACCCGCCAUUUUGCCAAAAUCAUUGCCUAAACGCCCAAUACACCUAGAAGAUAUGCAUAUAUUCGGCAUUCUGGUACCCAAUUCUCCACUUGCAUCAGAAACUAUCUCUUUUUCUUCCGGAACUCCAGCCGUUCCUCAUGCACCUUCUUCACCACUGCGUUUUUCUGGUGUGCAAGCUGUGGAAACGUGUAUAUCUCUUCCUUUCGAUGACCCUCUGGCUUUAUCUCGUCCAGAAACCUGCAUUAUUGAUGCUGCUGCUCAUGCUCCUCUUUCUCACCUGUCCGAUAUUCCUGAUACUCAGACGAGGGCUCCAGGUUCCAUACGUGCUCGUCCCCAGCCACCUCACACCUUUCAAAGCCAACGUCCGGUCGCCAGCUACUUCUCCUCUCCUGUUUCGCGGCCCGAAAUAUUGUUUCCUUCUACCGACAAUGCUUCAUUAUCUUCUCCUAUUCGUACUGUUACUGGUCCGAUACGACCCAUUGCUCGAUCUCAGCCUCAAUCCUUCUUUGCACCUCGUCGGGACACCCUUCAAAAGACAUUCGUUAAUGUGGCGCCACGUCUUUCUGUCCAGACUUCAUCCAUGCUACAGCGGUCCAUGCCUCUUGUGGCAGCAGCUCCUCAAACAUUUCCUCCGCCAACGCCUGUGCAUAUUCGCCCACUGCCUAUUUCAGCUACGACCCCGCCGUAUAGAAAUGAAGGCUUUCGAAGGCUAGACCUAGAAGUAACCUCGGUUCCCCCUUUCUCUUGGAAUAUGCCUGCCAUUCCAAGUCCUUGUGCGGAUCCACAACCCAAAGCACCCGAUGCUAACAAACAUGCACGUAUCAGCCACAAGAGGCGACACGCUUCACCAUCCCCCCCAAGGCCGAUUCUUGGACCGAAUGCAUAUAAACCGUCUAUAGAUUCUGACGAAGAAUGGAGUACUCUUCAGAGCCGCAAGAAACGCACGACUGAGACCACCACGGCCGUGAAGCGCACUGGGGCAUUCUCCUUACCGGGAAUUUCCGUUCCUGGCAAAAAGUCAGGAAUGAGUGCUACGUCGUCGAAGCGCGUCAUCACGUUCUUACCGCCUCCUCUGGCACACCCCAAUGAUAAUAUGCCGGUUCGCCAGCGGGGAGAAGACGCCCAGGGAAGACCAAAGGAUCAUAAUCCUUAUCCCUCGCCAACCCAUUCUACUUUGUCCUCUCUGGUACCCGUAUGCGCUGAAGUCACAAAUAAAGAGCCUCGAGCUUCUAAUGGGACGGCAUUUGCGUCACCCUAUCGGCCACUGUCUCCGCCAACUUCUGAUCUACUUGCUUUGGUAGAGCCAUCAUAUGACAGAAACCCGUGUGUAGCUAUAGAUGUGGGUGGUGUAGCUUCUCGAUAUCACGAAACUAGAAUGGACAUUCGCCAAGUAGCGGAAGUUGCUUUCAGCGCAAGCUCGCGAUAUGCUAAACCUUGAGAGUUGCGGGAUUGUUCAUUGUGACGAGGAGAGUGAUGGCGAGAUUGCGAUCCUUGUAUGGACAGGAUGUUGAACGUUAGAGAGCGUUGGUGGUUUCUUGCUUGAGGGAC